AUAUAUACGGAGUUAGAAGAGUGUACAUAUAUUUCACAGAAUUUUAUGGAUGCCCUGAAAAUGUAUGUGUUCAAUAUUUAACGAUUGUUUAAAGAUAUUUCGACUGGUAUUUUCGAUAUUGGGCAGUGUUGAACACACUAAUUUAUUUACUGUGUGUGUAAUUAAACUCCUUCUCGCGAGGGGGCAAUAGCUGAAAACUAGAAGCAUACUGGGUAAUGGAGGAACUAGUUAGUGUAGCUAACAAAAGCUAGCUGGCUAAUCUCUGAGACGGCACUGUUGUGGUUGUGUUCCGUUAUCUUGUUUUCUGUACACGUAUUUUCAUUUUGUAAAAACAUUUGUCUCUUGGAGAACUCAAUCGGGCUGUUGCUGAAAGAGCUGGGAAACGCUGUUUGGAUUAAGUUGCUUUCUGUCAGGAUGGUAGCAUACUACCGACUCAGCUAGCUAGCCACACUGAAGCAACCAAACAACGACAGCCGUCCGGAUGCUCUGAGGAACGACGCAGUGGAUUUCGGGUACGUAGUCGGCCUUGGGUGAUGGCAAGCAACCGGCCACAGCAGAGUGCCAGCGGGGCUAGUUCAAUGCCCAGCACAAGCAGCAGCAGCAGCUCAGGGGGUGCUGGAAAUACAAGUAGUGGCGUUGGCGGAGGUAGCAACAACGUCACUAGUAAUGGGAGCAGUUCUGGAAAUGUUGUGCCCAGUCGGACCCUUGCAGCGGCCGGCGAAGGGGGUUUGUCGUCAGUGCCAACUAUGGCUGCCGUAUCGUCGUCCCGGGGAGGGUUCCCUUCUCUAAGCAGACCUGCAUCUUCCUCCAGUAGCAGAAAGAAGUCUCUCCACCAAGCACCUUUACACAAUGGCCUCUUGAAUUCCUACGAAGAUAAAAGCAACGAUUUCGUCUGUCCAAUUUGCUUCGAAAUGAUAGAAGAGGCUUACAUGACAAAGUGUGGGCACAGUUUCUGUUUCAAGUGCAUCCGCCGGAGUCUUGAGGAUAGCAACAGGUGUCCCAAGUGUAAUUAUAUUGUGGAUAAUGUCGAUCAGCUUUACCCAAAUUUCCUUGUCAAUGAACUGAUCUUAAAGCAGAAACAAAGGUCAGAAGAGAAAAGACUUAAAUUAGAUCAUCCAAACGGUUCUAGGUGGCAGGUUUUUCAGGAUGUGUUGAGUCCUGACCAGGAGAACUUGGACCUGGCCAAUGUCAACCUUAUGCUUGAACUCCUGGUUCAAAAGAAGAAGCAAUUGGAGGUGGAAUCUCAAGCAGCUCAAAGACAGAUCCUCAUGGAGUUCCUGAAAGAAGCCAGGAGAAACAAGAGAGAGCAACUGGAUCAGUUACAGAAAGAACUCAACUUUCUUGAAGAAGACAUAAAGCGUGUUGAGGAAAUGAGUGGGCUCUACUGCCCCAUGAUGGAGGCAGAGUGUACUGUUCCUAAUGUGGAGGCUCCCUCACCAGCACCCAGCUGUAGCAGUAUUAUUGAGCCAACAGAUUAUAGCCAGCCUCCAGGAUUUGGUGGAACGUCACAGGGUAAACGUCAGACUUGGUACAACAGCACUCUUGCUUCAAGGAGAAAGAGACUGACCGCUCAUUUUGAAGAUCUAGAACAGUGCUACUUCUCCAGCAAAAUGUCCCACAUCACUGAUGAGGGCAGGAACCUGAACCUGUUGGAUGAUUUCAUGGAGUGUUUGUCCAAGUUCACUCGCUACAAUUCCGUGCGACCGUUGGCCACCCUAUCAUAUGCAAGUGACCUGUAUAACGGCUCCAGUAUUGUCUCCAGUAUUGAAUUUGACCGUGACUGUGACUACUUUGCCAUUGCUGGUGUGACCAAGAAGAUCAAAGUGUUUGAGUACAGCACAGUGAUCCAAGAUGCAGUGGAUAUACACUACCCCGUCAACGAGAUGACCUGCAACUCCAAAAUCAGCUGUAUCAGCUGGAGCAGUUAUCACAAGAACCUUUUAGCCAGCAGUGACUAUGAAGGGACCGUCAUCCUGUGGGAUGGAUUCACUGGACAAAGGUCUAAAGUCUAUCAGGAGCACGAAAAAAGAUGUUGGAGCGUUGACUUCAACCUAAUGGACCCCAAGCUCUUAGCCUCUGGUUCCGAUGAUGCUAAAGUGAAGCUGUGGUCAACCAAUCUUGAUAACUCAGUGGCUAGCAUAGAGGCAAAGGCAAAUGUCUGCUGUGUUAAAUUCAGUCCAACAUCGAGAUAUCAUCUGGCCUUUGGCUGUGCAGACCACUGUGUCCACUACUACGAUUUACGCAACACUAAGCAGCCGAUCAUGGUGUUUAAAGGCCAUAGGAAGGCAGUGUCCUACGCCAAGUUUGUCAACGGAGAGGAAAUUGUUUCUGCUUCAACAGACAGUCAGCUGAAGCUGUGGAACGUCAACAAAACCCACUGUUUGCGCUCCUUCAAGGGUCACAUCAAUGAGAAAAACUUUGUCGGCCUUGCUUCCAACGGCGACUACGUUGCUUGUGGAAGUGAAAACAACUCCUUGUAUCUCUACUACAAGGGACUUUCCAAAACGCUGUUAACCUUUAAGUUUGAUACUGUGAAGAGUGUCCUGGACAAAGACAAGAAGGAAGACGACACCAACGAGUUUGUCAGUGCCGUGUGCUGGAGGGCACUGCCUGACGGAGAGUCAAAUGUGCUGAUUGCUGCAAACAGUCAAGGAACAAUCAAGGUCCUUGAGCUCGUCUGAGAAGCCUCAGUCUCCGGUGGAUGGCACAGUUACCUUCAGCCACUGUUUGACUGGUAGAUGAUCAGCCUGAAGCAGGAGAACUUGGCUGCCCGCUGACUUCAGAUACCCAUCAGACUGAGCAGCUCCUGUCAGUUUAAUGUGCUUCAAUUAUUUGGACAGAAAUGAUGGACGAUUACAACCGCAUUCAUUUUUACAGCAGUAAAACAAGAACCGAGCUUUGGGCACAUACUGGAGCAGGAGAAUGAAAGCAUUUUGGGCAGCAACUUCAAUCAAACACCUCUUAAUGGUUUAGGUCAAACCAAAACUUGUACAUUUUUUUUAAGGAGCUGUCACUCUUUUAGGGUAAAAACGCUACUAACCUGAUGUAUUUUUUUUCCCUUUUUAAAGGCCAAAGCACAAGACAAUGUGACAUGCAAAAUUAUGUUUUCACACGAAGCUUUUAACCCUUCUUUCCUACAUCUCUCCGUGUGUAAUUAACCCUCACCCCCCACUUCCCUUUGUGUAUUUUUGUUUUGUUCCUUUAAGGAGAAACCUGUUUUAAUAAAUAUAACUUGAAUUUCAUCCUGUCAAGUGUUCAUUUUCUGACUGUAUCACAGCAGGGUUUAAAUGUCAAGGAAGACCAAACAUUGGAGACACUGCUGAUCUUUCUGUUGCUUUCGUCACAAAUUGUGGUUUGAUGUCCAUCUGUAAUUCUGAUGAUUUUCAUGUAUUUGAUCUGCAGUGAUGCAUUGAACUGGAACUUGUUUCUUGUUUCACACACAGUAUGUGAGCUUUUUUUU